AUGGCUGCCAUGAUGCCAGCGCCACCGUUCGACGAGUUUUACGCCGCAGGGAUGAAUGACGAUGCGCAUUCGUUACAAGCGUCAAUAGAGGACUUUGAGGAGCAGGAGCGCCAGUCCCCCCUCUUCCCCGAUUUGAGGUCAGAGCGUGAAGAAAGCGAGUUUGACGAUAGGUUGAGUGAAGGAUUGCCGUGGUCACCGCCUGGGUUCAAGAGGAGGAUGUCCAAUGCGAGUAACUGGUUCCGGCAAGACCCAUAUGGACAAUACAGCCUAAAGCCUUCCAUAAGCCCUUCGCGAUCGCGCCAGACAAGUCCAGAGAUAUACCAAGAUGCCACGGACGGCGCUGGAGAUCCAGACAUCACGAUAGCGGUUAAUACGCCUCUGCCUAAAGGCACAGAUUCACCCAGUCGAGGACAGUCUCCAGAGGUCGAAGCGCAACGAAAUUCAAGACAUAGUACUCCAGAACAGGAGGAUGUGGCGCCCACAGAACCAAACAAUUAUGUUCGUUUGCAAUUCCGGGCCGAAGUCCAACAUCGCGAACCGUUUAUGCCCUUUUUCAAUUAUGUUCAGAGAAAGCUCGACGCCAUGACCAAGACGAGAUCGACGACGCUCUUGUCGGUCAUGACCACUCUGUUGUUUGCUUGUCUGUUGCGCAUCAUUGUUUCGCCACCCAUUCCAGCGCCGGUGCCGGAUCUGGUCAAGGUAUCGACCUUGGCCAAAUCUUUUGAGCCGUUGAUCUUUUAUUCCGAGAAUGGCUACUCUCAGAUCAUUGCGCUACAGGAAACAAGCGUGGCUGUAUGGGAUCUCGGAGAGUCGGUCAGAAGUGCCAAUAUGACCUCUGCACCAAUCAUUGUUCGAUCUCUGGACGAGCUGUCUGAGAGCUUGAAGACUUUGGGGCUUGAGUUGACACGGUUCUUUUCCGAUGUCGAUUCUGACGUGGACAGUAUCCUAAUAGUGAUGGACUGGGCCAAACGAGAACUGGAAGGGGUGGUAUCGGGACAAGGCGUGUCGAUUUCAGGGGUAGUGUUUGACCACCUCCACGGCAUUUUCAACCGAGGGGGAUUGCUCGAAACGUCAACGGGACCGACAACAUUGGGCAAGUUGCUUACUGAUAUAUUUGGUUCCAGUUCACCGCAAAGAAUGAGAGCAACCCUCACAAGGACCUUCCACGAAUUUGUGAAUGUUCUUGAGGAGUCGAUCAACAGCGAACUAACUCAUUCGGCGGCUUUGUUUGCACUGUUUGAGUCUAUUGACAGACAAUUCUUGAACCUGCAACGAACGGUGGUGAGAGAAACCGAUACCCAAGAGCGACUUGAGAACGACCUUCUGUCGUCUUUGUGGACUAGAGUUGUCGGACCCAAUGCCGCCAUCCUGAGAAAGUUCGAGAAGAACAAACAACUGUUGUCGAGUGUACGAGCGAGGACCGUCAACAACAAGCAUUUGAUCAUGGAACAUCAUGGUCGUCUUCAAACCCUCAAAGUCAACCUGGAGACAUUGCGGAGGAAGCUAGUCAGCCCACUUGUUAGGAGGAACGAUUCGGUCAGCAUUGACAAUGCUGGCGUUCUUGAUCACCAGAUCAGAGGUCUUGAAGGGACUUAUGACUACUUGCGAGGAGUGCGUGAGAAACAAAAAAGUAAAUUGAUGGAGAUGGUAUAUGGUGCUAAAGCAGGAAGACCCAAAAUCAUGGGGACAAGUGGCCUGGAAGGAAUUGGACUAGACAGUUCAUGA